AUGGGAUAUUCCGAGUCAGAGUUGUACAGUAGGUCCAAAAGUAUCGAUGAGGCCAAGUCGUCGGACUCGACUCUGUCCAGGCACAGUAGCAAGAAGCGAGUAAUCAAAUGCAAAAGGAAGGCAAAGAGCACGAAAAUCGAGAGUGGGGAAUCUGUUGGGCCUUGUGUAGUGGAUACGUGUUAUGACAAACGUGUCUGUAAGAAGAAAGAAAGGGCGUUUGCGGCUGACUACAACAGGGAAAUAGCAGAACCGAGCAAGGCCCUCAAGCGAGACACCAUGCGAAUUUCAGAAGGCCCAAGAGAAACGGUUCCUUCCGACGCCGAGCUGUUCUCUCUUCCGAUCGGGAAAACCAAGCCCGCUCUGUCCGCUGACUCCGCGCAAAGUGAGCGCAAAGCGGCCUCAGAGAAGCCAAAAGAGCUGCGUCCGAGGAGAAAAGAAGAAGCGACAGAUGAGUCUUACGAGUCCGCAGAAGGAAUAGUCACACCGAGAAAAGAAAAGUUGAAACGAACCUCACCUCUUGACAGGGCAGAAGGCAAGGCUUCGGGUACGAAGAACAAAAGCGAUGAAAAGGUGCCAGAAACGCACAAGAAAGGAGUGAAAAGUCAGGAAGAAGAUUAUUAUCUACAUCCAAAGACCAGAAAAGAAGCUGAUCAAAAGGGAGAGUAUAAGGCGGUUAAACACUUUGGGAGCUAUAGAAAAAGUACACGCCAAUUGAAGCCAUUUUCUAAAAGAUCGUCAUACGGUUCCAGGUUGCGUUCUAGAGUUAGUGCUGACUUGAAUGUGCCGAAAGCAUUUCCAGGUCAUGUUUUUCUGACAAGAUUGAAUAAGGACAAAAAAGCGAAAGACAAAUCGCCUGACCGACUGGGCGUCGAUGCUAAGCUUCCUCUCGGGAGGCGCAGUCGGGACACAGACGCGUCAGAGGCAGAAUAUAAAGACACCAAAGACUCCGUAGGGUCCGUCAGAGGAAAGAAGAAAAGUUCGUCGAUAAACGAAUCAGGUUAUACCGAAAUACUGGCUUCUUUGGUGCCUGAUGAAAUAAUUUAUUUCCUUCACGAAACAAAAUAUAGAAAGUACGACGUCUGUCUCUUGUUCGGAGACGCGUCUGGUUUUACAGACCUCUGCGAAAGAUACAGCAAAGCAGGAAAGGGAGGGCCGUCUCGGCUGACCGUCGUGCUGAACAGCUUCAUAGGAACCAUGGUGCAGGAGAUUAUGACUCACGGGGGAGACGUUCUGAAGUUCUCGGGGGACGCGUUCCUGGCGUGGUGGAGGACAGAUGAAAAUGUCACCGACCUGCAAGACUGCGUCACAGCUGCCAUUGACACGGCAAUGAUCAUUCAAAAAAGUUUUGGCAAAUACGAAACUGAUGUGCAGGUCACAUUGAGAGUGAAGUUGGCCAUUUCCGCCGGCCAAGUGGCGUUUUCUUCGAUAGGAACCGAAGACACGAAACACUACGUGGUGUUGGGAUCUCCUGUUUGGGAUGUGAAGAUAGCGGAAUAUCUCUGUGUAGCUGGAGACAUCAUGGUAGCUCCGAAAGCUUGGGGUUUGGUAAAUGCGCAAGAAUACGACUACGAAGUAAUGCCCGAUGGCCAACACGUCAAAGACCGAGUGUCUCAUCAUCACUCGCCGGCGACGCCCGUUUGCCUCUGCAUUCCGCAUUGGGAGAGGGUGAGGGUGAGGGCGAGGGUGCUGUGUGCGCAGGUGCUGGGCGCGGGCGCGGGCUGGCGCCAGAUGCAGGGCUACAGCGGCGGGCCCGACUCCACCGCCGAGGUGCCCGACGAGGACUGGGAGGCGGGCGGGCGCGGGCUCGGCAGCAUCCUCUUCAUGGCAUGCGAGUGCUGGGUGUGUGCAAGAGGGGUUGCGUGCGCGAAGGAGCGCCUGUCGACGGUGGACAUGGUGCGCGUGACGUCGGUGGGCAUCACCACGGGCAUGACGUACUGCGGCGUGGUGGGCCACACGCUGCGCCGCGAAUACUCGGUGAUCGGGCCCACUGUGAACAAGGCGGCGCGCAUCAUGGUGGCGUACCCCGGCAAGGUGACGUGCGACCGCGAGACGUUCCUGCACUCGCGCCUCGACUCCAGCAACUUCAUCCUGCAGGAGCACAAGGAGCUCAAGGGCCUGCACCAGGCGGGUCCCAUUUACGAGUUUCGAGAGCACCUGAUGCCGAAGAAGACGCACAUUCUGAGCAAGUUCCCCCUCCUGUCGCGCGACGACGAGAUGGGGCUCUUCCAGGUGCUUUGCGACGAGGCCAAAGUGCGCUACAAGCCAGUGAACCGGCGCUUCAGCGCCGCGUCGGUGCGCAGGACGCUGAGCCCGGGGGGGCUGCGCGGAAUGGACGACGCGGAGAAGCCCUACAAGAAGCUGAACAGCAUCAAGAGCGCGCUCAAAGACACCUCGGCGGGCGCGGAUCGAUGGAAGAAGUCCAAUCGAUACUUCAUCUCGGGCUUAGUGAUACGAGCGGAGCCGCGCAUGGGCAAAUCGCGACUCUUGGACGAAAUGAUUCAUUCUUCUCGAGCUCCUGAUGUAAAAGUGGCCAGAAUAGCGCUAACACCCAAGGACUUCCAGAUGACGCUUUUUGGUAUUAACAGGAUUCUAGAACCGAUUCUUAAUUUCCCAGACAACGCGAGUUACAGAGAAAAAGAAGAAAGACUCCUACAACUCUUGAGAUACGUUCCGGAAACAAAAUGGCAGUACCUCUACACACUGAAUGAGUUGUUCCAAACGACAAUUGACUUCAGCCGAACGCACCCUUCGGAGCGGUGCCCGGACCCACUGAAGGCCAUGAAGCGCGCUCUGUGGGUGCUUCUAAGCCAAGCAAUUAAGACUUUUUGGAUAAUUGGAAUCGACGAUUUGGAAUUUUUGGACGCCGCUUCGUGGACUUUGUUUCCAGUUCUGUUAGAAAAAGAAUUUGGAUUUUUCGUGAUGGCUCUUGGCAAUCGGCUGGAUCUGGCGCCUUCCAGUGAAGAAAUAUUAAAAAGGAAUAAGCAUUUGUAUCACGUGAGCCUAGGGGGCAUCGACAAGUGGUAUCAAGUGGGACUAGCCUGCCAGAUCCUUGACGUGUGGGCCAUCCCUCCAGAACUAGAACGGCUGAUUCACGAACGCAGUGGAGGCAAUCCUGGCUGGGUGGAGUCUUACUUGGUGACGCAAGUUCAACAGAACGUGCUAAAGAUUAUAUAUCAAACCAAAAUACCCUCCCAAUCUACUUUUCAACUCACUCCUACAUACCUUUACCAACCCAUCGGCACAUUCGCUCUUCCACCCACCAUCACUCACGCAAACAUCUCAUUAAAACCCUAA